AUGGCGCGUACACAAGUAGUAACUGCGUCGGCGGCAGCAGCAGUCGACGACGACGACGAGAACUUUGAACUGGUUGACUAUACGGCCGCCUCAACGUGGGAGAGGUUUGUUGCCUCGAUAGAGGCCAAGCUUUGCCAGUGGCGCGUUAACGACGGCCGCAAAGGCGGCUUGGACAUAGCUGAGUUGAGCGCCAAAUGCCAGCACCUGUUCAUCAAGCACAAGCAGUACAAGGAUGCAGUCACUAAACAGAUAUCGGAGAUGUGCACUCGCACAGAACGGCUUUCGUACAAGGGCGCGUCAUACGCUCUGACGCUGUCGGUUCACCCGCUGAUGGCCGCACAUGAGCACAAGGGUGCUGAUGGCAUCGCGUCCAAGCAGAUGCUCUUCGACAGCCAGUUUCCAGCAGUGCAUGUUCCUGAGCUUGAGGUUGAUCACAUCAGAGAAAUUCCAGAUCCCGCGUGGCACCCGCUGCAUCGCUGGACAGGGAAUAACAUUAUUAUUUACUGGCGAUAUCUGGGCGACGACAGCGACUGGGAAAACGAGUCGCUCGAAGGCACCGACGAUUACAGCGUAUCUCUAGAAACAGCAAAGUUGCUCAUGUCGUCGAUGAACAUUGCUGCCCAAAAUGUGCGAUGUCAGCUGCCCAUGUUUGUUCCUGUCGGGGACGCCUGGCGCUGCUUGUUCACCGGCAGGGCAAUUGGCCGCGCAGAAAUUAUUGGGCAGCAGCCGCCGGGUAAUACCGCUGUGGUCGUGCGGAAAUUCGAAUCUGUCAGCCUUCCGCAAUCGCCCAAUGCGUACUUACAACUGAACGGCUUGCUGGAACUAUUUGCAACCUCAUUCCGCGUGCUGGCGUAUGCCCCGCGGCAGCAGCAGUCAGCAGGGAACGCGAGCAGCAGAUCUGCCAGUGUCGUGGGUCCUGGCCAGGACUGGGAUUUUCUUUCAAAGGCCGUUGACCUCGCCGCUUUGCAUGAGUACCGCAUCAAAAACACAUACAGUCGCGAGUGGAACUCGUCUUCGUUGGACUUUCGCUACCACGCGGGCGACCUGAAUGUGGGGCCGGCCAACGAUCCCCUCCGGGUGAUUUGCCUCAAGGCACUCUUCCAGCGUGCUCCGUGCGGCACCUAUAUUGACCCGCAGUUGUCAAGCCGCGACCGCUUGUAUUUGAAGACUGCCACAGCAUGGCUUUUGUCUGCCCAAAUGUUCCCGGCCGACCGUGAGCGCACAAUGCUGACUGAGGCUUUGGAGGACGCAUUUGCUGCGUGGGCGCAGUCGUCAAGUGAGGCCAACCGCCACCGCCAUCUCAGUCUGCCCGAACAAAUGGAAGCGCAUGAGGAGAUUACUAGCGACAUGCUCAUUGACCUGUUCGGGUCAUCCACAGCUCCACACAUUACCCCGCCUGGACUUGAGAUUGAUACCGGAAAUCAGCAGACAGCAGAGGAAUUUGCAGCUAGACUCGAGCAGACAUUUGCCGAUGUGUACGCUGACGCCGACCCGCAGUUUCGCCCACCCAGCGCGGCCCAGCUGAUUUCCCGCAUGCCCCAUGGCGCAGCGGUGCCGAGCAACUCGCUUCUUUGGCGGCUGAGCGAGAUCAUUCUGGUGGCGACCGCCAAGCAAUCGACAACCUUUUGGCGCGCUCCCUCUAUUAUGACAUUUCUGCGGCUCCUAUGGUCUAUGGCCCUGAAGGAGAUCAGAUGGCGGUGGGAGAACGCAAAGCUGCUGCCCCGGAUCCCGACAUCGGAAGACAACGCGGCCAGAAGGGACGGCGCCACUUCGGGUGCCGAGACACCAACACCCUUUCCACCAAACAGCUCUCAAACUGCGGACAGCGCUAUUAAAUCUGCCUCGGCCCAUUUUAGCGUUCAUCUCAGGUACUCACUAGUCUACCAGAAGCUCGAAAUGCUCAACUGCUGCUUGGAGCGCAAGCUCAUGAGGGACGGUCAGCCUAUCGAUUUGGACAGUACCAUGCCGCACUCAGCUCUGGGCCGUCUGGCCCUAGACUCACCAGCCGAACACAGUUCGCCGAGUCCCUCGAUGAGCUCAACGGGGCAGCGCAGCAAGCGGCGCAUUCGCGCACACGUCAAGGACCAGAUUCGAAAGCGCAUAGGCGAAGGCGGCGUUGAACUGGGCCAGCGGGCAUGGGCACAGAGCUCGCGCAUACGCCGCCCUAUUGGCCGCCUGCUGAACACAAUGCACUUUCAAGACGGUAACUCUGGCGAAUCCUCCGAAUCACCUGCUGGCGAGAUUGGCGAAUUUGAGGAAAUAAGGGCCGGCCCAUACGCCAGCGACAGCGAGGGAUUUGUUUCUGCUGAGGACAUCGACUAUGACGACAACGACGCCACGGGCGAAAUUGUCGCUGAGGACAUGUCUGCGCUGUCGUCGGCAGUGUCCGUACGACUUCCAGCUAAUGCCGUUAUUCCCGCGCUGCCGAAACUUUUGAACCUGGCCAUUUCUUCGAGCAUGGACUCAACUUCGGGAUUCCACCAUGUCAGCGGCGUGUACCAGUUUGAGAGGCCGUCAGUCAUGGCCAGUGGGACGCCUGUUACGACGCAGGCACCCCCUGCCCAGCGCUUCUCGGUCAGUACAAAUUCCGCAACAGCCACUCCAUCUUCAGAAACGACAGAUCCUCCACAGCUGGAGCAACAACCGAAGCAGAAAGAAAGCGUCGGCGGGCUCUACCAGUCGGACUCGAUGCGGCUACUGGAAACUGACCAGCCCAUGUGGAUCCCAAAGAUCCAGCUGCCGCCCGUUUUGACCGAGGACAUGCUGCGAGAGCGCGAGGCCAUAUUGAUCGGAUUUGGGACCUCGAACGACGGAGCCAAGCAGCGCGCUCAGCUGCAAUGCGCGGAGCUCAUAUCCGACAUGGAGUCCCGACUUUGUCCGCUGGCACUCGCCCGCGACUGGGUUGUCCCCGAAGGCAGCCUUAGCGACAAGGACGGCAGCCUGAGCAUGCGCAUGUCAGGUGGCGGCGAUGGAGAAAACCUCUGGCUACAGCUGUGGUCCGAGGCCAAGCCCAUACCGGCAGACAAGCAAAAGCCGCUGUUUGACUACGAAAUGGAGGCUGAGAAGGCCCUGCACUACUUGGAGGGCAUACCCAUAUAUGCCCUAUUCUCCAGCCUGCUUCCGUCCAUAUUCCUUAUCACAUACGAGCGCCUGUACAGGCAGCCGAUCGUGCACCGGCUGGAGUCGCUACGCGAGCGGCUAUGCUCUCUGGGUAAGAAGAUCGCCUUCCAGGUCAACUGGUCGGCUGUGGACCCCGAGAGCUCCGUGUUUAGCUCCAUCAUGGACGAUCUGGAAGACCUCGAGGUGCAGACCAGCAGAUGCGUGUCCCUGCUGCACAAGUUCCCCGAGCAGUACUCGCUUGUCCAGGCCCUGGUUGGUCGCGGUCAGGCCAUAGUGGAGGAUCGCAGGGUUCAAAAAAUCGUUCUCAAGGCGCUGUCAAAGUACAACAUUUGACCGUGGCGCCCGCCUGUCGCGAAUAUACGUUUACCUCCAACUUGCUUGGCCUGCGCUCGGAUUGCGGUGCGUCUGCGGAUACAGACAUGAGCUCUGCGAUGUCUCUGUGCAGCAGCGCAUGUAUGUGACCAUCGAAGAGGACAAGUCAAUUAGGGUCAGCUACACCCGGGUCAAGACACAGGGCAGUUUUUGAAGCUCUCAAGUUUCUGUCAAGUAGCACAAGCAUAAACUCUUACAGUGCGGCCACGGCUGGCAGUUUCAUCACAACGUCUACCCCAUAUAUUAGCUUUAAAUUGCGAGUGUUAAUUAAACACAUGGCCCCAAGUUUUGGGAGCCGCCGACUUUUGGCAGCUUUAGCAUUGCCGGGGCAACUUUCGUAGUACAUUUUUU